CUUUCUUUCCCUCUCUCUCUUCUUUAUCUUCUACGCAGCCUUUCAAACCCUAAAAGAACUCGAAAGUGGUGAUAUAAACAGGGCUAAUUCGCCAGGUUUUCAGAGUUUGUAGGCACUUGAAUUCAAAGCUGUGGUCGAGAUUUUAAGGAAUUUUGAUUUUUGAAUUGAACUGAAUUGAAUUUGUUUGUUUGUUUGUUUGUGUGUGUGUGUUGGUGUGGUGCGUUUUGAAGUUAGAGAUGAGCUCGUUGAGCAGAGAAUUGGUGUUUCUUAUACUUCAGUUUCUCGAAGAAGAGAAGUUCAAGGAGUCUGUUCACAAGCUUGAGAAAGAAUCAGGGUUUUAUUUCAACAUGAAGUACUUCGAUGAGAAAGUUCAAGCGGGAGAAUGGGAUGAAGUUGAGAAAUACUUGUCAGGAUUUACCAAAGUUGAUGAUAACCGAUAUUCUAUGAAAAUAUUCUUUGAAAUUAGGAAGCAGAAGUAUCUUGAAGCACUCGAUAGGCCAGACAAGGCAAAGGCGGUUGAAAUAUUAGUGACUGAUUUGAAAGUGUUCUCAACAUUUAAUGAGGAAUUGUACAAAGAAAUUACACAACUUUUAACUCUCAGCAAUUUCAGGGAAAAUGAGCAGCUGUCCAAAUAUGGUGACACCAAAACAGCUCGUAGCAUAAUGUUGAUAGAGCUCAAAAAACUGAUUGAAGCAAACCCACUUUUCCGUGAUAAGCUUACUUUUCCGUCCCUGAAGUCAUCAAGAUUGCGGACUCUGAUUAAUCAGAGUUUGAACUGGCAGCACCAGCUCUGCAAGAACCCAAGAUCAAACCCUGACAUUAAGACUCUGUUUACUGACCAUACAUGUGCACCUCCAAAUGGUCCUCUUGCACCUACACCUGUCAAUCUUCCUGUUGCGGCAGUUGCAAAGCCAGCUUCUUAUCCAUCACUUGGAGCACACAAUCCUUUUCCACCCACUGCGGCCCCAGCUAAUGCCAAUGCUCUAGCUGGUUGGAUGGCCAAUGCCUCUGCUUCUUCUUCUGUUCAAGCCUCGGUUGUUACUGCAUCGUCUAUUCCUCUUGCGCAAAAUCAAGUUUCAGUCUUAAAACAUUCGAGAACACCUCCAACAAAUCCAGGAAUGGUUGAUUAUCAGGGUCCUGAACAUGAGCAAUUGAUGAAACGACUACGGCCUACUCCAUCCAUUGAGGAGGUUACAUAUUCAACAUCUCGACAGCAGACUUGGUCACUGGAUGACCUGCCAAGGACGGUGGCUGUGACCUUGCCUCAAGGAUCAACUGUGAUUAGCAUGGAUUUUCAUCCUACUCACCAAACACUGCUUCUCGUUGGUUCUAGUAAUGGUGAGAUUACACUCUGGGAACUUGCAAUGCGAGAUAAGCUGGUUUCAAAGCCAUUCAAGAUCUGGGAUAUGGCAUCAUUGCCGUUUCAGGCCUCCAUGGUCAAAGAUGUACCAAUUUCUGUCAGCCGUGUUGCAUGGAGUCCAGAUGGAAAUUUUGUAGGUAUGUGCCCUUUGAUGAGUAUUACCCUUUCUGAGAUGCCUAGUUUGUAUCUUAAUGGUUUGCUUGCUGCAGGUGCUGCAUUUAACAAACAUUUAAUUCAGUUGUAUACUUACGCUGGAUCGAAUGAACUACGCCAGCAUUUACAGAUUGAUGCCCAUGUUGGUGGUGUGAAUGACUUGGCUUUUGCUCAUCCAAACAAACAACUUUGUGUGGUUACAUGUGGAGAUGAUAAGAUAAUCAAGGUGUGGGAUAUAACGGGACGUAAUCUAUUCAACUUUGAAGGUCAUGAGGCACCGGUAUAUUCCAUCUGUCCUCAUCAUAAAGAGAACAUUCAGUUCAUAUUUUCGACAGCUAUUGAUGGGAAAAUAAAGGCCUGGCUGUAUGACAAUAUGGGCUCAAGAGUUGAUUAUGAUGCUCCUGGCCACUGGUGUACAACUAUGCUUUACAGUGCUGAUGGAAGUAGAUUGUUUUCUUGUGGCACUAGUAAAGAAGGAGAGUCUUUCCUGGUUGAAUGGAAUGAAAGUGAAGGAACAAUAAAGAGGUCAUAUGUUGGGUUUAGAAAGAAAUCUACUGGUGUAGUACAGUUUGAUACUACACAAAAUCACUUUUUGGCUGUUGGUGAAGAUAGCCAGAUAAAGUUUUGGGAUAUGGACAAUGUCAAUGUUCUCACUAGCACGGAUGCAGAAGGUGGACUUCCGAGUCUUCCCCGAUUGAGGUUUAGUAAGGAUGGAAAUCUGCUAGCUGUUACUACUGCAGACAAUGGAUUCAAGAUACUUACUAAUGCGGUAGGUCAUAGAUCAUUAAGAGCAGUUGAAAACCCACCUUUUGAAGCACUGAGAGGGCCUAUUGAAUCUGCUGUUAAGGUUUCUGCCAAUUCUGCUGUUUCAAGUGUUAGUCCUGUCAAUUGUAAAGUUGAAAGGAGCUCUCCUGUCAGACCUUCUCCAAUCAUUAAUGGAGUUGAUCCUGCUAGUAGAAGCAUGGAAAAGCCAAGAAGUGUGGACGAUGUAAUUGAUAAAGCCAAACCUUGGCAGUUGGCUGAAAUUGUGGAUAGUGGCCAGUGCCGGUUAGUUACCCUGCCAGAGAGCACAGAUUCAUCUUGCAAGGUUGUUAGGCUACUGUAUACAAAUUCUGGCGUUGGCAUUUUGGCACUUGGGUCAAAUGGUGUCCAGAAGCUAUGGAAGUGGACCCGCACUGAACAGAACCCAAGUGGAAAGGCCACUGCCAGUGUUGUUCCACAGCAUUGGGUACCAAGCAGUGGUCUUCUUAUGACUAAUGAUGUCUCAGGUGUCAACCUUGAAGAAGCAGUCCCUUGCAUAGCACUCUCUAAGAAUGACUCGUAUGUAAUGUCAGCUACUGGUGGAAAGGUUUCAUUGUUCAACAUGAUGACAUUCAAGGUAAUGACCACUUUCAUGUCACCUCCCCCUGCUUCAACCUUCCUAGCAUUCCACCCCCAGGAUAAUAACAUCAUAGCCAUUGGGAUGGAGGAUUCAACUAUCCACAUAUACAAUGUUCGAGUGGAUGAGGUAAAAUCGAAAUUGAAGGGCCACCAGAAGCGUAUAACUGGUUUAGCCUUCUCCACCAAUCUUAAUAUUUUGGUUUCAUCAGGUGCUGAUGCUCAACUGUGUGUGUGGAGCAUUGAUACAUGGGAGAAGAGGAAAUCAAUUGCAAUCCAACUUCCAGCUGGAAAGGCACCUAACGGCGACACACGAGUACAAUUCCAUACUGAUCAAAUCCGCAUGCUUGUAGUUCAUGAGACACAACUAGCAAUAUAUGAUGCCUCCAAGAUGGAACGAAUUCGGCAGUGGGUACCACAAGACACGUUGUCCGCGCCGAUAUCUUGUGCAACAUACUCUUGUUAUAGCCAAUUUGUUUAUGCUACCUUUUGUGAUGGUAACGUUGGCGUGUUUGAUGCCGAAACCCUCAGGCUAAGAUGCAAUAUUGCUCCAUCGGCAUAUAUGUCCACAUCAAUCUUGAACGGAAGCCAAACUGUGCACCCGCUUGUAGUCGCUGCACAUCCAAUCGAACCCAACCAAUUCGCUGUCGGGUUGACAGAUGGAUCGGUUAAAGUGUUGGAGCCCACCGAAUCGGAGGGGAAGUGGGGAGUGCCUCCGCCUGUUGAUAACGGGAUACUGAACGGUAGGACAACAUCAUCGUCAACCACAAGCAACCACACACCGGAUCAAUUACAAAGAUAAGAUGAAGGCGGAGAUGACUUUGUAUUUAAAAUGUGUGUAGAUUAUUAGGUUUUAGAAGUCUCCCCGUAUGAAUCAAAGGUAGGUAAAGUACAUUACUUUAUUAGAUAUGCACAUUCUUGUAUACUCAGUUGUUCUAGUCUACUUUUUGUUUCUUAACCUCUUGAGUGUUCAUUGUGAAUUCUUUUAUUAUGUUCUAAUAAACAUAAUUCAUAUUAGUCAUGAUU